UCAUCUUAUACAGUUACUUAUUCCAUUUUAUUUUCCCGUUGGUAGAUAAACUCGAUGUUACCAAAACUAUACACUUUCUCUAAUUAUUCCAAAAAAUAAACGAAAAAUUAAAAUCCUUCCUUAUAUAUACCUUUCUCUGAAAUAACAGAGUGAAAGCAAACAAACAUUACAACAACCAAAAAGAGAAAGAAAAAUCUUUUUUUCUUUUGGAAAUAGUUCUCUCUAAUGAAUUGGACUAGAGAAAAAACAAUAGGCCGUGGCUCGUCCGCCACCGUCUACGCCGCCACGUGUCAAGAUUCCGGAGAAACCAUCGCCGUGAAAUCCGCCGAGUUUCACCAGUCGGAGUUUUUGCAAAGAGAAGCCAAACUCCUCUCCUCCCUAAAUUCUCCUUACGUCAUCGGAUACAGAGGAUGCGAAGUUACGAAAGAGCCCUUAGCUACUUACAACCUCCUCAUGGAGUACGCACCGUACGGUACUCUCGCCGACGUGGCGGCUAAGAACGGUGGUUGCAUCGACGAGGCUCGGGUUGUGAGCUACACGCGCCAGAUACUUCUUGGUUUGGAGUACGUUCAUAACUCAAAGGGAAUCGCGCAUUGCGACGUUAAGGCAAGCAACGUGCUUGUCGGAGAGAACGGAGAGGCCAAGAUCGCUGACUUCGGCUGCGCGAAACGGGUUGAACCGGAGUUAACCGAACCGGUUAGAGGAACUCCGGCCUUUAUGGCGCCGGAGGUGGCGCGUGGAGAGAGGCAAGGGAAGGAGAGUGACAUUUGGGCGCUGGGGUGUACGGUGAUAGAGAUGGUCACCGGUUCUCAUCCGUGGAGUGAUGCGGAUUAUACCGACCCGGUUUCGGUUCUCUACCGGGUCGGGUAUAUGGGUGAGUCCCCUGAGCUGCCUUCCUCGCUUACAGAACAAGCGAAGGAUUUUUUGGGAAAGUGUUUGAGAAGAGAAGCGAAGGAGAGAUGGACAGCGACGCAAUUAUUAAACCAUCCGUUUGUAACAACCAAACCGAACACAGAACCGGAGUUUGUAACCGGUUUGGUUACGAACUCACCGACAAGCGUGACGGAUCAAAUGUUCUGGAGGUCAGUGGAAGAGGAGGAGGAUCAGGAGCGUCCAAGCUGGUGGGAAUGUCACGAGGAAAGAAUUGGACUGCUAAGCUGGAUUGGUCAGGCUGUGGUGGAUCCCACGUGGGAUAUGGGCGGUGAAGAUUGGAUCACGGUUCGACGGAAUAAUGAUUAGUCGGUCACAUGAUGAGGAAUUGUUGAUUUUAUUUGAAUUAGGGAAAAUUGUUUAGUCUUGAAGAAAAUCGAAAAUUUUGAAUUUGAGUGAAUGUAGGUUGGGUAGCAGUUGAGAUUUAGAUCAAAUUCAUGUACAUACAUUUACUAAUCCAUCAUUUUUUAUAAGAAAAUUCUCAUGAUUCCAAA